UUAGCGCUGGACGCCAGAGAAUAAGGUGAGCAAACAACUGUGAAACAAGAAAAGCGAACGACCAAGUUCAAAAUGCCAGAGUGGUUUAGUCUAAAGAUGCCAUGUCCUGUGCGUGGAUGCAAUAACUCGCGAAACGAUGUUAUUUUGAACUGGGUUUGUGCCAAGGACAAAACAAAGAUGUUCAUAAGCGAGGAAGGAAGACUCGCGUGUAGCAACUAUCCCUUCGAUCCACAUAACGACAAAAUCGCCAACUGGAAGUUUGACUGUGGAGAUCGCUCGUCUUACGGACCUCAUCGAGGCGAACACUUCAUUGCAGCCGAUUUCCAAGGAUUUGCUCACGCAAUGUCCAUCGCAGUGGCGAAUUCAUCUGUGGCAGGGGCCGAGUGGGUCAUGCAACUCAUGAUUAAUGUGAAGGAACAGUAUGAAGCCUGAUUACCUGUUGGAACCUUGAGGAGUUUAAAGCCAAAUAUUGUUCUAGAAUGGUAUGAUUCCAUAGAAUAAAUGUGUGUGGGGCUUGUCCGGAAAAAUAUAUCUUUCUAUUUCGGAGUAGAGCAGAUAUUAUCAGUCAGUUUUAGUUUACGCCGACACAGAGCAGGAUUCGACUGAGUAGGAUGUCCAUUUUUUAUUACUUUUUUUGUAAUCUCCUUGCUUAUUAUAUGACAAACGAAACUGAGGUAGGCAAUGAUUGUUGUAAAACUAGAAUUUUUGGAUAAUAAACAAGACAGCAGCAGGGAA